UGAGGGUUGAAGUUAUUUUUCAUCCACCCAACUUUUUGUCAUAUUUGCUGUUUUUCCGAUCUAGGAAAGAGUGUCAAGUUGAACUGCAUAUCCACGGGCUGUUCAGGAAGCAGGCACAAUUAAAGCAUGCGUAUUUAUUUCUUUUUGCUUUCAGGUGGAACUUCAAAGGCUGGAAAAACAACAAAAGUGAUGUUUUGCGGUGCCACGUUGAAUUCUCUUGUGUCCUCUUAGCUUUAGAAACUAAAUGGUGCGCCUUUUUUGUCACUUGCGCUCUUAUUGUGGAAUACCCCACCGGAUGUGAGUGUUAUGUCUCAUGCGGGGAUGUUCUUGCUGAUGGUCAGCAACUCCGUCCUGGGUUGGGUUUUUUCUCAUAUUAGAAGAAAAAAAUGAGAGUUGGAAGCAUGACGAGACAAAGACCAAGUGAACAUUGACAAAUUAUGAUUUAGACACGUUUACGACGCACCAUGGCGAUAAGGGAGCUGAAAGUUUGCCUUUUGGGGGACACGGGAGUCGGCAAGUCCAGCAUCGUCUGUCGCUUUGUGCAGGACCACUUUGACCACAACAUCAGCCCCACUAUAGGAGCGUCGUUCCUGACCAAGACAGUGCCGAGCGGAAAUGAACUCCAUAAAUUCCUCAUCUGGGACACGGCGGGACAGGAGAGGGACUCGUUCCAGACACUGAAGAAGUGGGUGAAGGAACUGAAGGAGCACGGGCCUGAGGACAUUGUUGUCGCCAUCGCGGGGAACAAGAACGAUUUAGGAGACAUCAGGGAAGUACCCAUGAAGGAGGCCAAGGAGUUUGCCGAAUCAAUCGCUGCCAUCUUCAUCGAGACGAGCGCCAGGAACGCUGUCAACGUGGAGGAGCUCUUCCAGAAAAUCAGCAAACAGAUUCCGCCGCUGGAAAACCCCGACAUGGAGAUCAACGAGUCUUUCAAACUGACCCGGCAGCCCGCUCUGUCCAGCAGAAAGUGUUGCUAGUAGUACCAUGUCCAGCAGAAUGUGUUGCUAGUAGUACCAUGUCCAGCAGAAUGUGUUGCUAGUAGUACCAUGUCCAGCAGAAAGUGUUGCUAGUAGUACCAUGUCCAGCAGAAAGUGUUGCUAGUAGUACCAUGUCCAGCAGAAAGUGUUGCUAGUAGUACCAUGUCCAGCAGAAUGUGUUGCUAGUAGUACCAUGUCCAGCAGAAAGUGUUGCUAGUAGUACCAUGUCCAGCAGAAAGUGUUGCUAGUAGUACCAUGUCCAGCAGAAUGUGUUGCUAGUAGUACCAUGUCCAGCAGAAUGUGUUGCUAGUAGUACCAUGUCCAGCAGAAUGUGUUGCUAGUAGUACCAUGUCCAGCAGAAUGUGUUGCUAGUAGUACCAUGUCCAGCAGAAUGUGUUGCUAGUAGUACCAUGUCCAGCAGAAAGUGUUGCUAGUAGUACCAUGUCCAGCAGAAUGUGUUGCUAGUAGUACCAUGUCCAGCAGAAUGUGUUGCUAGUAGUACCAUGUCCAGCAGAAUGUGUUGCUAGUAGUACCAUGUCCAGCAGAAUGUGUUGCUAGUAGUACCAUGUCCAGCAGAAUGUGUUGCUAGUAGUACCAUGUCCAGCAGAAAGUGUUGCUAGUAGUACCAUGUCCAGCAGAAAGUGUUGCUAGUAGUACCAUGUCCAGCAGAAAGUGUUGCUAAUAGUACCACAAAGUCUCUCCUCAGCAUCAGCUGAACAAAAACUUCCACUUUCAGUAUUUCUCAAAUGCCGCCCUCUGGUGGCGUGAGGCUGAAUUGCACCCCCAGUCUUGUACAGCAAAGUCCAGCACUUAUUAUGUAGAAAGGAAAAAAAAUGGUAGAAAAUGGAUAGCUGGAUGGAAUACUCACACCACUUUUGCCUUCCCUCAAAGCACCGUGGCUCUUAAAUGGUAGCAGUUUUGAUCCUAAUUCCACUUUAUUUGUACAGAAUGUAGCACAGGUGCGACCUUUUUAUUCCACUAACUUGCUGUUUUUGAAGCGUUUUGUCAACUGCAAUGCUGCUCACAAUAACUGUCAUGGUGGUUACAGUUUAGCGCCCCCUAGCUAAAACACUGUAAGAAUUCACCUUAUAGAAUUGUUUACAUGGACUCUCUUGCCUUAUGUUUUCACGACAGGGACGAUGUACGUCUUUCCAUGUGUUGUAACCCAAAAAGUGUUCAACGUUCUACUUUUUUUUUGUACUAUUAAGCAUGCAGAAAGUGUUUUAGUGUCAUAAAACGGGGGUGUCAAACGUACGGCUCGGGGGCCCACGAACAGGUGAAUGAAAGAAACAGCUGUUCUAAAUGUGUCCACUAGAUGUCACAAUAGCAAUUCUUUGUAUCUUUGUAGAUGAUGCUACAUAUGUACAAAAUAUACCACGUGAUGUCCCUGCGAUGAAGUAGCGAUUUGUCCAGGGUGUACCCCUACCUUCCGCCCGAAUGCAGCUGAGAUAGGCUCCAGCGACCCCAAAAGGGACAAGCGGUAGGAAAUGGAUGAAUUAAUGUUAGUCAGUUGAGGAAAAUGAUCAAACUACAUCAAUAGAAUUCUGUAAUUAGAUUUUUGUAUUUUUUUUUUUAUCAAUUAUGUGGUGGUUAACAUUACCACAUCAUUUAUUCAGAAAGUAUAAAUAACAACUAAUAAAAUAUAUGUACUAUUAACCCUAAUAGUUACUUUAAAAAAACAACAUGAUUUGUACAAUUUUAGAAUGUGUUUGUUCUAUUUUUAAACAAAGAGUAUCUUGAAAGAUUGUAAAUGAACACCAGGGAGUUGACUGAUUAACGUUAUCACAUAAUUUAUUCAGAAAGUAUAAAUAACGACUUAUAAAGUAUAUGUGCUAUUAACCGCGACAGGUAAUUGUAAAAAAAAACAAAAAAAAACAUGACUUAUACAAUUUCAGAAUGUGCUUGUUUUAUUUUUAAACAAAGAUUAAAAAUGAACACCAGGGAGUUGACUGAGUAAAUGAUAAAUGGGUUGUACUUGUAUAGCGCUUUUCUACCUUCAAGGUACUCAAAGCGCUUUGACACUACUUCCACAUUUACCCAUUCACACACUCAUUCCCAUAUAAAGUAUAUGUACUAUUAACCGCAACAGGUAAUUGUAAAAAAAACCAACAACAUUAUGAUUUGUACAAUUUUAGAAUGUGCUUGUUCUAUUUUUAAACAAAGCGUAUCUUGAAAGAUUGAAAAUUAACACCAAUGAGUUGACUGAUUAACAUUAUCACAUAAUUUAUUCAGAAAGUAUAAAUAACGACUUAUUAAGUAUAUGUGCUAUUAACCGCAACAGGUAAUUGUAAAAAAAAAAAAGAAACAUUAUGAGUUAUACAAUUUAAGAAUGUGCUUGUUCUAUUUUUAAACAAAGAUUGAAAAUGAACACCGGGGAGUUGACUGAGUAAAUGAUAAAUGGGUUGUACUUGUAUAGCGCUUUUCUACCUUCAAGGUACUCAAAGCGCUUUGACACUACUUCCACAUUUACCCAUUCACACACUCAUUCCCAUAUAAAGUAUAUGUACUAUUAACCGCAACAGGUAAUUGUAAAAAAAACAACCAACAUUAUGAUUUGUACAAUUUCACACUGUGCUUGUUCUAUUUUUAAACAAAGAUUGAAAAUGAACAUCAAUGAGUUGACUGAUUAACGUUAUCACAUAAUUUAUUCAGAAAGUAUAAAUAACGACUUAUAAAGUAUAUGUGCUAUUAACCGCAACAGGUAAUUGUAAAAAAAAAACAACCCCAAAAAACAUUGAGUUAUACAAUAUCAGAAUGUG